AUUCGAAGCCUGGCUUUCCGGAAGAUCCGGGUGCUGGGUUUUCAACAUAUAAACAGCAAUGGCGGAGGCAGCAGCAGCAGCAUCUACAGCGGCUCCAGCAAUAACAGGAGGCUGGACAAAACACGUAACUUGCAGGUAUUUCAUGCAUGGGCUUUGCAAAGAAGGAGACAAUUGUCGAUACUCCCAUGACCUCACCAGCAGCAAACCAGCAGCCAUGAUUUGCAAGUUCUUUCAGAAAGGAAACUGUGUAUUUGGGGACCGUUGCAGGUUUGAACACUCCAAACCAUCCAAGCAGGACGACCUGCAGGGUCCCUCGCCGCUGAUGCCGCUGUCCUCCGCCUCGGCCCCGCCUCCCCUCGCCAGCGCUCCGGACCCGCUGCCCGGCGGGCCAGGGGGUGCGGCCGACGACCCAGAGAAUCAGCCCGGCUCAGGAGCUGUGGACUGGGUCAACGCCGCUGAGUUUGUGCCAGGGCAGCCCUACUGUGGACGGGCGGACCCUGUGAGCGUGGAGGGCCCCGACCCCGUCAUCGAGCAGCCGGAGAAGGAGUCGCCUGGCGACGACAAGGAGCUGGGGAAGCAGCUGUGUCCGUACGCCGCCGUGGGAGAGUGCCGCUACGGCCUCAACUGUGCCUACCUCCACGGAGACGUGUGCGACAUGUGCGGCCUGCAGGUGCUCCACCCCACCGACAGCGCUCAGCGGUCAGAGCACACCAAGGCCUGCAUCGAAGCCCAUGAGAAGGACAUGGAGAUCUCCUUUGCCGUCCAGCGCAGCAAGGACAUGAUGUGCGGAGUGUGCAUGGAGGUGGUGUUUGAGAAGACCAACCCCAGCGAGCGGCGCUUCGGAAUCCUCUCCAACUGCUGCCACUGCUACUGCCUCAAGUGCAUCCGCAAAUGGCGGAGUGCCAAGCAGUUUGAAAGCAAAAUUAUCAAGUCGUGCCCAGAAUGCCGGAUCACGUCCAAUUUCGUCAUUCCGAGCGAAUACUGGGUGGAGGACAAGGAGGACAAGCAGAAACUCAUUCAGAAGUACAAGGAUGGCAUGGGGAGCAAGGCGUGUCGAUAUUUCGACGAGGGUCGCGGGACCUGUCCGUUCGGCUCCAACUGCUUCUACAAGCACGCCUUCCCCGAUGGGCGUCUGGAGGAGCCCCAGCCCCAGAGACGACAAGCAGGCUCCAACGGCAGGAACCGGAGCUCAAGACGAACGCCCCUGUGGGACCUGUUUGACGAGCGCGAGAGCACCGACUCGUUUGACAACGACGACGAGGAGAUGGUGACGUUCGAGCUGAGCGAGAUGCUCCUCAUGCUCCUGGCGGCAGGCACCGACGACGAGGUCACGGACUCAGAGGACGAAUGGGACUUGUUUCACGAGGAGCUGGACGACAUCUACGAGAUUUACCUAUAGCACCGCCUGCCCCUCAAUAAGCCCUCCCCACGCCCCUUCUCCUCUCCCCUUUUCCCCACCUAUACUAGACACUAGAAUGGACUGUCUCGUGUGAGUGAUAGACAGUAGCUUUUUUUCCCCUGUGUUGUGGCAGUGCCUUUCAGCAGGCCAUUCAUAAAUGAACGAAAUAAAAGGUAAAAAAAGAUAUAAAAAAGAAAGAGAUUGGUGCGCUCGUGCUAAACAUUUUCUAGUAACCUGUCCUUGUGAAUCUACCCUUGUCCAGUUUAUGUACAAAGGAUAAAAAACUAAAAACGUAACAAAAAAUACAACAAAAUGAGAAGUAACAAAAAGAAGUGAUAACAAUAUUUAAAUCGCCAAUAAACUUCUUGAGUUUAUUUGUGGGUGUGGGGUUGACUUGUUUAUCAUUUACCCAGGUGUUGUUUCUUUCUUGAUUUGGAGAUUCUUGAAGGAUGCCCCAUCUUAAUACAGCUCCACGUACUGUAGGUGGGUGACCUUUUUUGCAGUGGUUCUGGAACAAUCCUCUUCUCAUGCACUGAUUUGAAUUGGGAGAGGACAACACUCCACUUCCUAUAUUCAUGCACAAACGCACUCUUAAUGUUCACGGUCGCCAAUCUGUUUCCCUCUCACACGGGAAGGAAUGACAGUGAAUAACUUUUUAUCUCUAAAAUAGUUUUCUUUUUUAUGGGCCCAUGUGCACAUUUCUCGCCGUCCUGAAUCACACCCAUUCAGGAACACCUGUGGUAGCUAAUGACAAGUCCUUCUCUGGAACCAAGCUUAAGUGACACUUGUGAUUUUGGAAUCUCAUAAACAGCACAGACUUAAAAUGCAGAAAAUAAUGAGGCUGAAUGUUUGAGUACCUGUCUAUGAAAUGUUAAUAUUUCUUUGUUUGCUUCAAGUAAUGCAAAUUAAGCCAUGCUGGCAGAUGCCCAUACAUAACCUCCAGACAGCUGGUCACUUCUUAUGGAACUCCAUCGGAAUGCAUAUGUUUAUACUGAAAUGUGUGUUUUCUAUGGUCCACAGCCAUUCAUCAUAACUUGAAAAUAAAGUUUAUUAUCAAAGCU